CCCCUUCGGCCCGAGCGCUGCGCGCGCCUCCCUCGCGCCAGAAGCCGAGCGCCUGGGCCGCGCGCCGGGCCGCGCAUGGCGGGCCCCCGGCGCGCCUCGUUCAGCACCACGGUGGAGCUCAUCUGCUUCGACGCGGAGAGCGGGACUCGCAGCCCGACAAGCUUCCAGCACGUGGAGACGGCAGGGUUAGGUCGGGCGUGUCUCCCAGGGGCGCGAGGCGCCGCGCGGCGGCCCUCCUCCCCGCCGCCGGGGGCCCGCGGCCGCGGCCGCGGCGGCGUUUCCGCGGCGCCGUGGGCCCGGCCGUCGGGCGCGGCGGCCCCGCCGGACCUCGAGGGGCAGCUGGGGCUGGAGGGGCUGCUGGAGCUGGAGGCCGAGUGCAUGCCUGGCAGCCUAUCUACCGAGCCAGGCGGCAGCGAUGCCGACAGCUUCGCCGACGAGAACCGGUUCGCAAAGGUCGCCCAGCAGCGCCGCAUCCGGCGCAGCGUCACCGCCAACCAAGGGCCGGGCCUUCCGCAGCACGCCUUGCUGGAGAUGGCGAUGUCGAGGAUCCUCUCGCGACGUCGGCGAGCCUGCCUCGAUGGUUCUGAGGACAGUAGCUCGGGCAACGGGACAGGCAGCAUCAACAGCUUAGGCGAGUGA